GGAGAAUCUAUGCACUUGCCACCAAGGCGUUUUUUUUAAAGCUUACAAUAUAAUUCAAGAAAGCAACUACAGCUUAUUCAUGUAAUGACAUAAUCUUAUGUCACCUGUGUACAUUAACUCUGUGUUUAUCUUUUAAUAGGUUUGAGAAACGCCCUAUUUUCAGCUGCUUGCUUUUCCUAUGCAUGCUGAAUCAUGGCCACCAUUGUCGCGUUUAUCUAAGAGGGGAAUAUGUACUUCAAGGUCAAUACAACUAGGAUAUCUCGUCUUUUUUACAUAUUUUUUCUGCCACAAAAUGUUUGCACAAAUCCAUUAAUUUUGAUGACCGAGUUCCAGAAAUCACAAUGCAACCAAUUCGCAGUAAUUUCGUGACUAUUUAAAAUAGCAUACCUUGUUAUUUUUCUUUCUUUUUUACACUAUCAUGUUCUAUCGUAUUGCUCAAAAAGCAAGCUUUUUAGCUUCACGCCAAGUUGGCUUUCAAGCCGCUCGACGUAUUCAACCUCAUAUUCCAAAUGGUAGUUUUCAUACCACUGCUAAACAGCUCUUUGCUUCUUCACACGACUGGCAACAAGCACCCAAGCACCCUCUUAUCGAUAAGAUACAGCAACACCCUCAUAUUAUGCAGCAACUGGUUGAUUUCACUCAAAUUUUGCAAUCAAAAGGUGUUGAUGUCUAUGGAAAGCAACCCAGUUUUAUGCAGCUUAUGAAAGUCAUGAAUGAUGUUGAAGUGAAAGAAAAGGUAGCUCAAUUAGCAAAAGAUAUGCAAGCAGCAGGCAUUCAAUUAGACAUGAAUACGAUCCAAGAAUUGCAAUCGAGUUUUAUGUCUCCUCCUUCUAAUCAAGAACAAGAACAAGAGCAGGAAGAAGAACAACAAAGAGGUAGAAAGAGAGGAGUUUUGAGCUCCGUUAAAGGCUUGUUCAAGAAAUAGUUUUAAUAAAAAAAGG